AUGUCGCAUAAAAGCCCCGUUUCACCCCUUCACCUUGCAGCCUUCGCCCAAGCUGCCAUCAUCUGCUUUCUCGUCGCCAUGCCGCUCACAAUCGUCUCGAUCAGCUUCUGUGUCUAUGCCCAGCACUGCCGGGCACUGGGAAAGCGGAUCAGUCAUGCACACUCGGCUGGUGAGGCGAUCAUCUUCGCAGGUGCCUCAGCUGAUAAUGCCCAUAUUUUGGUCUGUUGCAGCAAUUUCAGGCGUCCACAUUUCCGUGAUGCAGAGGAAGAGGCAACUACACUUUGCACAAAACGACGUAAAAACUGGGUCACUAAGCUGGAUCCGACUCGCUUGCCAAAUCAAGCAACAAAAUUGAAGUUCUGCGAAGCUCUAUUGCAAUCGUCAGUUUGGCAGGAUUUGAGUCUAAAACCUGUAUCAUUGGCCGGAACUGUUUCCACCUCGAGUGGAAGAUUUACAUAA